UUUGUUUUUAAGGCAAUGUGUAACUCUUGUCAUUGGUAUUUAAAAGGUGCACCACGUCACGUGCCACACCUGACCCCAAUUAGGCCUGAUGGCGAGCGCGCGCACUGUCCAAUCUAUUUAAAUAGUUACCAGGAGGGUCGGAGCUUGUUCAACAAAAUGGCAGCUUAUGGAGAUGAGCCAGUAGACAGCUACUUCUACUCUUCGUAUACCCCCUACAUGGGCAGAUACCCCAGGCCCAGAGACCCGGGGUGGAAAUAUAAAAACUACUUCUCCCACUACGGAGACUCUUCUGACGCCUUCAACAACCACCAGCGCGCGCAGCUGAAGUCCAUCUUAUCUCAAAUCAACCCCAAACUCACCCCGAGGCUCAGGAAGGCCAACACCAAGGAUGUGGCGGUGCAGGUCAACCCAAAGAAAGACGCUUCGGUCCAGUGCUCCGUCGGGCCCCGGACCCUGCAGGCCAUGAAGCGGGACUCCCAGCGCAAGAGAAGGCAGGAGCCCGCGGUGCCCAGCGCCGGGAGCCCCAAAGAGGCAGGUGGCGUGCGUUACCCCCGGACCCUCGCCGUUUACUCUCCUAUAGCCUACCGGAGCGUCACGUCCUUUCUGGUGGAAGACGAAAACUCCAAACAUGUGUCCUCUGACGCAGCGCAGACCACAGGGGGCCCGGUGGAGUCCUCGGGGACCACAGACGCUAAGAGGGACAAGGACUGUCCGGCUGAAGAGAAGACCACAAAGUUUCCCGAAAACAAGAAUUCCAGACCGAAGUUGAGGAGCGAAGGAGCGCAGACCUCUUCAGCAUCAGCAGCAGCGGAGGAAGAGGAGGCCAGGAGCAGGGCCCGCGUGCGCUUCCAGUUUCUGGAGCAGAAGUAUGGAUAUUAUCACUGCAGAGAAUGCAACCUGCGAUGGGAGAGUGCGUAUGUGUGGUGUGUUCAGGGCACAAGCAAGGUUUAUUUCAAACAGUUCUGCAGGAAAUGCCAAAAAGGCUUCAACCCAUACCGUGUUGAGGACAUCACAUGCCAUACUUGCAACAAAGCACGCUGCUCCUGCUCCAUAACACUACGACACGUUGACCCCAAACGACCCCACAGACAAGACUUGUGUGGCAGGUGCAAAGGCAAGCGGCUCUCCUGCGACAGCACCUUCAGCUUCAAAUACAUUAUCUGAGUCUGAGCUCGCUUUGGUUCUGCUGGCACCGUCGGCCCAGCUCCAACCAGCUGGCCCAGUAAUGGCCUCUCAAAUGCAAAGCACAGUUUGAUGUAAAACUUUAUUUUUUCAUAUCGGUUUUGUGUUGAAUCUGUAAGCAUGACAAGUCUUACAAUAAAGGGCUACCUUGCA